AUGAAUCAUACUGCAACACUAACUCAGAUUCUUCUCUAUUCAAGAGAUGCCAAUCACAUAAGUGUAGUUGAUGAACCAAACAAAAACAUCAAUGAAAAUGAAGCCUUUACUGUAUCUGCCAUUCGUCAUCAAUCUUAUACUACUCAAAAAUCCAGCCAUUAUAGAAAAAUAGUGCCUAUGUCAACUAAUGAAGGAUCUCAUCCCAACCAGGCCUCUGAAAUUGUGCCUGCCAUGGCCCUAUUAAGUAAAAACCUACCAGUAACAACUGUUUUAAUAAUGCCUAUUCCAGUAAUAUCUGCCCCAAUAAUGCCUACUCCAGUAAUGUCUGCUCUAGCAGUACCUCUUCCAGUAGAUAUCCUACAAAACCCUGAACCAAUUGAUAUGAAAGUAAUGACUAUACAAGUCUUCACAAUUGCAAGAAACACCACUGUCUGUUGCCACAUUAGGAUUAAAGAAAACUACAUAGUACCUAUGCUUAAUUCAAGUGCUACUAUUAGCAUAAUGUCAAAUAAAAUAAUAGAAAAACUGCAGUUGAAGAUUGAUGAACCUUCUACAACAAUGAUCAUUAUUUCAAAUGGAGCCAGGGUAAGGGCACUUGGAAAAAUAAUUAACCUUAAGUUGGUCAUAAGCAGUUUAGUGGUCUCGACCACUUUUCAGAUUAUAAAAUCAACUAAACAGACCCUUCUGUUAGAAAUACAUAUGUUUUAUGAAGGAGAAAUUUUACCAGCACCCCUAGCAGAUAAUGAAGACCUAUUUGACAAUUUUAAAUUUGAUAAUGAAAAUUUAGACAAACUGGACAGUUUCUUAACUGACCAAUAUAGCAAGUUGGAGUUGUAUAACAAUCUGUGGCUUUAUUAUGAAAGUUCAGCUAUGUAUCUGUCUAGUAUUAAAAGUAUUUUUAUAAAUGAAACUGAGAAAGAAGAAGAAGUAGACAUUUUUGCUGAAACUAUAAACAAUCUUGAACAAACAUUAGUAUACAUUAAAAAAUAA